GUGUUGUCGAAUAAUGCACAUUGCAGCGGCCGAUCGAUACACUAACUUUGGGAUCGGUAUAAAAGCCGGCGACGUCAACAAGAUUUCUGAACAUUAAUUCAAUCCUGUGUCGUGUCAGGUUCUCUGGUUUCCUUCGUCUACACCCAUUUUCAAACAGUCCAAGAUGCCGAUUGACCUGUACUACAUGGAGGCCAGCGCCCCGUGCCGUUCUGUCAUGAUGACAGCCAAAAUGGUGGGUGCUGAGAUCAACUUGAAGAAAACCGACGUGAUGGCUGGUGACAACAUGAAACCCGAAUACCUUAAGAUGAAUCCCCAGCACAACAUUCCCACCAUCGACGACAAUGGCUUCUACUUGAACGAGAGCAGAGCUAUUUGUGCUUAUCUGGUCAACGCGUAUGGCAAAGAUGACACACUUUACCCAAAAGAUGCCAAAGUUCGUGCCCUGGUCGACCAACGUCUUUACUUCGACAUGGGAGUCUUUUACCACCGUUUCGGUCUAGUCUAUUAUCCCAUCAUGUUCAGCGGGGCCACGAAGCUGGACGAGAAGGCUCUAAAGGACUUCAACGAAGCUCUUGAUUUUCUGGAGACUUUCUUGGGUCAGAACAAGUAUGCUGCUGGCGAUCACUUGACAAUUGCAGACAUUGCUCUGGUUGCUUCGGCUUCAACUUUUGUGGCUACCAACAAAACUGUCUUUGACAAGCAUCCUAAAAUCCAGGCAUGGCUGGAAAUGUGCAAAUCCGAGAUUACGGACUACGAAGAAACUAACAACCAAGGAGCUGAAGCUUUCGGCCAAUGGGCGCAAUCCGCUCUUGCCAAGUUGGAAUCUGAAUAGAUUCUCACCAUUAAUUAAAUUACAGUGUUGCACAUGAAAAUGUUAAUUCCUGAAAAACAAUUUAUAAUACAAAAACUAUUACUCAAAAAAUUGUAGUACUUGAAUUUUAUCUUCACCAACUUAAAAGUGAAAAUAAUUAAACUAGGGCGAGGGUUUCGUUCAAUAUUGUACACUGUAUUCUUACUCUCAUUUAAUAUUACUAGAGUAAGAACAAACACAUGGGGAAUUCAUCUAAAUAGUGAUGUUUCUUGUUUUGCAAUAUUAAGCAUUCGUCAAAUAUAGCGCCAUUCUCUUGCACUUUGCAUCUUGUCACGUGGCUACUACUUUCAUCUCCCUACACUUAACAACCGAUUCUUACUGCUCUGUCAUUUUGCUGACCGCAUAUUAAUCAGAAGACGGUCAUAUUUGGGAGAUGAAUUUUUUGAAACAAUCAGGUGUCCAUUUCCGAGUGACAAGAAUGGGACAAAAUUUGUUAGUAGUCAAUAAUAAUAGAUGUAAUACACGGGAAUGUAGUUGCUCUAUAAAUUACCAUCAGGCACUCGAUACACUCCCACUCGCCAAUGAAAAUAUUUUUGAAAAAAUGACUACUGAUGAUGUAAUUAUAAGGGAAACAAUGUACAUCCAAGAAUUGCAAUUCACCUUUGAGGGCAACACAAAUUAUUCGCUCAACGUACCAAACAAAAUUCUUUCUUUCUCUAUUACAAAUUCAAAUUCUUUUUAAUACAAAUGGUACGGUGAAUAGUUAAGAAGGAUUCAGUCUGGCAACUCGACAGCGAGACGAAAUCGAUCGAAAAAUUCUACUCCCCUCCCCAAACAAGUUCCAUUUUUCCAGAUUAGAUUCUUUUGAGCGAAAAAAGGAAAAAAAAAUGUGAUUAGAAAAACCUAAACUAGCCCAACAAAACGAAAGCGAUUAUCCGGAGAUGAUAUCUCAAAACAUCAACAAAAUACACAAACAUGCAAAACGCACGACGGUCGAAAUUUUAUCAUCACUAGUCCUGAUUCCGUUGUUACCUCAUUCAACCGUUUCCCUACUUUGAAAAAUUGUAUGUUCUUAGGAUAAAGUUUAAAGACAAAAAGAUAUAAAGAGAGAAAGUUCCUUUUGUGUUAUAUA